AGCGUCGCAAAAAUGUUGUGGGUGUGACAUCUAGUGGUGACGCGCAGCACGCGCAGCGCAGUCAGUUGCUAUAGAAACCAAACCAAGUCAACUUGACAACAAAAUGUUUCAAAGCGCAAACCACGAGUGUUCUGAACUUUCAAUGCGUUUCGCAACUUACCUAAAUGAAUCACAUGUCGACAUACCUGAAUCAUAUAUGUAAGAAAACGUUCCAGGUUUAAUUCGAAUCCACCUUUCUAAGGAAUAAUGUUCCGGAAAACAGCCUGGAGGAAAUGCGUGAGUGACGUGACCCACAGUCAUCAGGACCGAGCUCUGAACACAACCAUCCUCAUCCUCAGAGAGGUCGGACCCGUCGGCUUUCUCCUGCAGGAGGACGGAGACUCCAAACAAUAUAAAGUCUGCUUAGGUGAUCCACACACGUGCACCUGUCCCACCUUUCAGAAAGAGAAAGACCUGUGUCAACACAUCUGCUGGAUUUUGAUGCGUAAAUUUCGGCUGCCCAGAGAUCAUGAAUACUGUUUUCAGUACGGCCUUGCAGAGAGACAGAUCCUAGACCUCUUACAAGGGCUUCAUGUCACCAAAACGACAUCCCAUAGUGACAGACCAUCAUGCCCCGAACCAGAUGAGGACGACGGGCGUGUCCGUCAGAAAGCCAUCGAGAAGGAUGAUUUAUGUCCCGUCUGCCAAGAAGAACUUUUGCUGAAAAAGUUGCCUGUGACUUACUGCCGGUACGUUUCUUUUAUUGCAGAUGUGAAUGAAGAUUACUCCGAAAUAUUCCAUCAGACCGUACCCAUGACGUCGGUGUCGGUGUUGUUGUUGUUCAGGUUCGGCUGCGGAAACAACAUUCAUAUUUCAUGCAUGAAGGUGUGGGCUGAUCACCAGACGAAACUGAACUCACGCAUGCUGAAGUGUCCGCUCUGCAGAGAUGACUUUGGCACUUUAACGCAACUAAAGGAAGAAGUGAGAAACUCGGCAGAUGUGUGUACUUAUUAUGAGCGAGAGUGUCUGGAUAAACAUCUUGGAGUGGUGUGUAACGGUUGCGGGGUCUGUCCUGUCGUCGGCAAGUGUUUCAAGUGUACAGAAUGCAGUUAUUUUCACCUGUGUGAGAAAUGCUUCAGGAGACACGCUCACCCACAGCAUUCCUUCACGUGUCGAACGAGUUUAACAGAGAGAAAACGUGUGUUUGUGCAGAAGAGAGGUCAUUCGUGGCAGGCCGUCUCUGAAGAAACGCGGAUGAUGGACAAACACACGAUGGACAGAAGCGUGUCCGCCGUGACGUGUGAUGUUGUCCCGAAUCACGUCAUGAAGAGUUUGCCGAUGGUGAGGGUCCGAAAAGAAUCCAAACUGCUUCAUCCGGGUGUGCAGUGUCGGAUCUGCCUGUCAAGAUUUCAGACGGCUCAGAACGUCAGAUCUCUUCCCUGCAAACACAAGUUUCAUACUGACUGCAUCGAUGCAUUAAUCCAGAAGUCAAACUGCUGUCCGCUGGAUUUUCAUGUCAUCUACAAUCCUCUUACAUGGAACAUCAGAGUCGGCCGAACACAAAGCUCUCCGGCUCCUCCUGGUGUCACUCGGAGCAAGCGCACAGAUCCACACAUCUCUGAAUUCAUUCUUCCAUGUAUUGGUUUACAGGUUCAGAAAGGUCACGCUUCAUCCGUGUUGAGACCCGGCACACGUGUGUCAGGGUGCGAGGGUCCAUCCUCUGUGAAAUCACUCUCUCAGGGUUUACAGGAUCUUUACAUUCACAGUUCUCACAUAGAACCGUUCUCUAGAAAGACUGUCAUGAAACACGGUCAUAUUAAACCACCGAAUAAAGGCUUAUCAUCUGCAGCGGCCGAGAGAAGAGCAAACCCAGCCGCAACAUUCAGCAUUAAACAGCACACAGAGCAGCGAAGACUCGACGUGACCCAUACUGAACCUACCAGCACCGCCACACCUUCAGACGAGACCACCGAGAGUAGAUGCUCCCCACAAAUACCCCAUCAGAGACGAAAUGAGUCAGGUCACAAGGGUCACUUACAUUAAAUGAUGCCGCAACUAUCUUUCCACCUUUUUUAAAUAAUCCUUCAAAUUCCAUUACAAAGAUUAUUGUUUUAGAACGUAAAGCGUGCUUAUAAUAAGAUCUUAUAAAAGAAUCUUGGUAACACUUUACAUUAAGGUACACUUUAUGAAGUGUCUUCAUUAAUCAUUAAUAAGUUAUUUACAAAUGCAUGAAUAAAAAGGGGGAUUCCAACGAAUUACCUGCCAAAUAGUGAGCACCCUACAGUCUCCCGUCUGACAGCCUAUAUUGCAAACAACAUCAAGAUAAUAAUGAAUCUGCUUUCGAGUCAAAUAAAUAAUGAAUAAAUACAUUUAUUAAGCAUUUAUAACAUACGAGUUAAAAUGGAUCACUAUUUGGCAGGUUUUUCAUUAGAAUCCCCCUUUUUAUUCACGCAGUUAUAACCGCUUUAUAAUUCAUUUGUAAAUGGCUUAUUAAUCAUUAAUGAACUCAUUUAUAAAUGCUUUAUGAAGGGUACCUUAAUGUAAAGUGUUACCAGAAUCUUAUAAUAAGAGCUUUUAAUAACAGUGUUAUUGUUGAAUAUUAGUAUAGCAUUGGUAAGGGGUGACGGAUGAUAAGUUAAAAAGCUUUCCAGCAGUAUGACUGUAAACGACUUAAAGCCGGUUUCAAGACUUCUGUAAUUCCAGAAUUAAACCUUCACUACAUGGAAAGGCCAAAGAUAUCAGAGAAAUCCUGAAUUCUUCAACACAACCUUAUU